CAAUGGCACGGUUACAGGGCGUGGGCGCGGCGCCUCUCCUCAGGUACGGCCCCGUGCCGGCGGACUUAACACCGUGCCUGUAUCAUAUUUCGGUCCCGUCUCGCUCAGCGUUAUAUCUAUCUAUCUGUCUAUCUACGAAAGUAUAGUUGAAAACGCCGCCGCACCGGGACGGGGUUGGUGCAACAUCGCACUAGAGACAGGCCGGCAUGCCUUCCACUCGUCUUGGUCCUCGAGCCCGGCAGGGCUAGCGUAGCGGGAAGAGUCUGCAGCAGGAAGCCGUUAAGGCCGUAUCACACGAGAGGUUGCCGUUGCCGCUGCCGUCUCGGCCAAUCAGAGCGGAGCAGCCGACGUUGGCGAUUGCGGUGGCAAGGAUAGCCGCCCGGCUAUUUUUCCCAAUCGCAACAGCAAACGCAGCCAAUCACAGCUCUGCUUGGUGUCACGUGGUCGCGACAUGCCCGACAUUCUCGCGCGAAAGUCGUGAAUCGUCUGCUAGUCGAGGCUUUGUGUGUUCUUGAGAAAAGGCGGGGUAGGUGUAGUUUGUAGCAGGUGCGAGCUGUUGGGGAAUAAGAAUAUAUUCACAUCUACGUGAAAAUAUUAUUGUCCUCUAACAUGCCACCAAAAAUCAAUAGGGAUUUGUUCACUGACGACAAAGAACAUGAAUUAAUUCGCGAGGUCGAGAAGAGACCCAUUCUGUGGGACUGCAAUUCUAAAGUAUUCAGGAGAGCAGAUCUCAAACCAGCCCUUUGGGUUGAAGUUGCCCUUGCUCUUGGCGGAGCUCCCUUUACUGGUGAUAUGGUUGCGCACAGGUGGAAAAAUAUGAAAGAUACUUUUCUAUCAAACUGGAACAGAGUUCUGGAAUCAAAGAACCGUUCCAGUGGUAACGGCACAGAUGAUAUGCACAAGCCCAAGUGGCCCUUGUAUGAUAGACUCACUUUCCUGAAAGGGACUGUAGCUACAGAACCAUCGUUCUCCAACAUCUAUGAGAAUGAUGAUGUUGAAUUGAGCACUGCUGGCACUGCUGGACCAGUGCAACCAGUGCUUGACAUCAGCAGCAUCAGCAACCGUAUUGAAACCGAUGGAACCGAUAAUUCUGUGUUCAAAAUAUACUAUGAUGAAGCCACCAAGACUUGGAGCACUGAGAAGAGCGACACCAGCAAUUCCAGUACAGGUUCAACACCUGCUCAGCCUCAUGGAACAUCACCGGUUCCAUCUGCAACUGAUGUGAAGAAAGGUGUACGUGACAAUGAAAUUUAUGCAAAGAGGGGAGCGGCAAAGCGCAAGGCCUCUACCUUGAUGGAAGAGGCAGUGCAGGCGGUGAAACAACUGGCUAGUCAGCCAAUGCCAAAUUUUAGUGAAGAGGUGGCGGACACGCCAGAUACAGCACAUCACUUCGGGAUGUUUGUUGCUGGUCGACUGAGAGACAUGGAGAGAGAUAGCAGAAAGGAAUGUGAGAAAGAAGUCAUGUCUGUUCUGUUCAAGUAUUAGGUGACAUCUAUUCAUUUUUUCCCCUUUUAACAUAUUAUUCUGCUUCCUAUUUUAAUUUACAUUGACUCUGAUAGUACUGUAAUGAGUCUCAAUUAGGUAUAUCUGUAUCUAACUUUUUAAGAGCA